CAUGGCGCUCCGCGCGGCUUCCGGCCGCGGCCGGUGGCUGUCGCGCGCGCUCGGGGCGCCGGGGGCGGCCCGGGUCCCGCCGCCUCCUCCCGCCGCCGCCUUGGCCCUGCCGCUGGGCAGGCUUCGCCCGCACCGGCCCGCCGCGCGGUUCGCCAGCACGGCCGGCCAGGGGCCGGAGGCCGAGGGUCCGCAGCGGCGGGUGGUGGUGGUGAGAAUCACCAGCCCCAUCGCCUGGCUCCGCACACGCUUCUAUUACCUCCUUAUUCGGCUCUACUUCGACCAGGAGUUCAGCAUCGAGGAGUUCACGCGAGGGGCCAAACAGGCCUUUUCUGUUGUUUCGAAGCUGCUAUCUCAGUGUAAACUUGACCUGCUGGAUGAACUUGUAUCAGCAGAGGUACUUCAGGUGCUGAAGGAAAAGAUUUCAUCACUCCCUGACAACCACAGGGAUGCCUUAGCAGCUGACAUGGAUGCAAUCAUGUACACAACAGAAGGAGAUGUUCGCAUUUACUAUGAUGAUGAUGGAAGGAAGUUUGUUAGCAUCCUGAUGCGUUUCUGGUAUUUGAAUGGUGCUAACCUACCUGACGAAGUACCAGGUGAAACCAGAGUUUUCCAGAUUGUGUUUGGAGAGGAAAGCAUGAAAGAACAAAGACACCUUUUAACAGCCAACUAUGAAUUUCGAAGGGAAUUUACAGAAGGAGCAAAACCAGAUUGGACAAUUACACGGAUUGAACAUCCAAGACUAUUAGAAUAAAUCCCUUCUACAGUCUUUUCAUGUACUGUUGUAAAUGUUCUGGUGUAAAAAAUACCAGGUGUUUUUGGUCUUUUUUUUACCUUCCUGGCUUCUCCUCCAACAGAGGGCUGAAUUUUGUAUGUUUGAUUUCCCAAAACUCUUCUGAAACAUGGGCAGUGCUGCAGCAUUACAGUAAAGCCUUUUCUCUGGAACAGGCUAGUACAAGCUUAAUUGGUAUUAAUACUCAUCCAAGACAUUUACACGACACAGUUUCACGCAGCCAGUAUUACAGGUAUGUUGACUUCUUACAUUGAUAGAAGAAAUGGUACUACUUGAAGAUAAACAACAUUUUCCUGGCUUCUGGCCCUUCUGAGUUAUUUUCCUGUGGGGUUUUUUUUCCCCUGGGGACUGUACAAUGAAUAACUGAAUAAUAUGCAAGAUGAAAUAGAGGUUGAUGGAUUUUAGAUUGUCUAGCCUCAACAGUUAAUUUUGAGGUGAUCUUACUUUUGAAUAUAUUUGAGAUUAAGAAAGAUAGAGCCCUUCUCUGAGUCUGGUACAGGACUGGAUUAAGAAAAAGAGUUUUAACACUGCACAGGGAAAAUAGAUCAAAGAUGUAUGUGUUUUGAAAAAUAAAAAGAAUAUUCCUUUCAAUUCAGUAACUUACAGGCAGUUACAAAUUUAGAGGUUCAGGAGUGAAAAGUCAGUCAAAAAUGUGAGUUUAAAAGAAGAUGAGAAUAAAGCUAAACUAAGUCCUGUAUUUGAAAUGCACAUUGAAAAAUGAGUAAAUCAUUAAAAUUAGAUGUUCCAGCUGAGCAAUUUCCCAGUUCUCAGAUUAUCUCUGUUUCUAGAAUGUGAGAGUCCUGGUGUAAGUAGCUUAAUGUUUUAUAUACAGAUCAAUAGGAAAGAGAAGACUGAGGGGGGAUCUUAUUAAUAUUUACAAAUAUCUAAAUGGUGGAUGUCAGGAGGUUGCGGUAUCCCUUUUUUUCUGUAGUAUCUAACAACAGGACAGGGGGUAAUGGGAUGAAGCUGGAACACAAGAAAUUCCAUUUAAAUAUAUAGAGGAGCCCAGAACUGGACGCAGGACUCCAGAUGAGGUCUUACCAGGGCAGAGUAGAGGGAGAGAAGAACCUCCCUUGACCUGCUGGCCACACUCUUCUUGAUGCAUCCCAGAAUGCCAUUGGCCUUCUUUGCCACAAGGGCAUAUUGCUGGCUCAUGUUUAGCUUAUUAUCAAUCAGGACUCCCAGGUCUCUCUCUGCAGAGCUGCUCUUCAGCAGUUCGAUUGCCAGCCUGUACUGGUGCACAGGGUUGUUCCUUCCCAGAUGCAGGACUCUGCACUUGUCCUUGUUGAACCUCAUGAGGUUCAUAAGAAAAAACUAUUUCACUGUGGGGGUGAGGGAGCAGUGGCACAGGCUGCCCAGAGGGGUUGUGGAGGCUCCUUCCUUGGAGGUCUUCAAGACCCUUCUGGACAUGUUCCUAUGCGACCUGAUCUAGGUGAACCUGCUUCUGCAGGGGGGUUGGACUAGAUGAUCUCUAAAGGUCCCUUCCAGCCCUACCAUUCUGUGAUUCUGUGAUCAGAACAGGUUUUUUAAUCCCUUAUCUCAGCUUUAAAUGUCAAGCUAACUUUUUAACCAGGUGUGUUUUUAAAGUGUAGAGUAUAAUUACUGUGAUUACUGUAACAGUAGUUGCGAUUGAAAGGUAUAAAUUAAAUUUUUUGUAGUUCAGAAAAUUCAGAAAUAUCAGCUCUUCUGAUGCUGUGAUAUAACAUUUCAACAAUUUUUUUGUGUCAAAUCUUGGCAAAAUAAUUGUAGUAUUUUGUUCUUCCAAAGCAGCAGCAUCCUGGCCUUAUAAUAGAGAAUUUGUGAUUUGUCCUCUGGAGAAAGUUCAGUGGUGACAGAGAGAUUUGUCUUGAAGUCAUAAACAAAAUUCUAUAUUUAAAGUUAUGUAUAGCCAUUUUAUAUGCUGUCAAUCAGGAAAAGUUUGAGGAAAAAUGCUAAAUGGUAGCACAUCCAGUUUGGCCACUGAAUGAUGUGGUGCUGCAAGAGGCUGCAAUCAGACAUGUUUGUCAUAGUAGCAGGAGAUACAAGCAGAGCACUAGUGAAGUGUGCAGAUACACCUCUAAAAGAAGUCAUAUGGAGCUAAAGAAGACAAAAGCCGGUAAAGCUGUCUUUGUAUUCAGCAUAAGUAUCUUUUUUUGUUUGAUUGGAUAUAUCGAAACAGGAGUCUCUGUCAUGACCGAUGUGGGAUUAUUACCCUUUUACUAGCAAGUGCACCAUUUUUGUAAGCAAAGGCAGAGUGGACCCUUCUGUGUAAUUAAUAAUGAAAAGAUUUUGAGUUGUUGACUAUAAAAUUGUAACUUGAUCUGAACACGUUCCAGAUUUUUAAGUUUUGCUGAAAAAAACCCCGUCAUUGGAAGUUUACAUGCACUAUUUUAUUGUUUUAAAGUUAUAUUUGUCUUUGGGUUGUAGGGCGCAGCUGUUGGAUGUUUAUCUUUUUUUUUCCUCCUCUAAUCUUCAUUUUUUAAAAUUAUCCUAAAGAUGAUAAACCUCUGUCAGAUGCAGAACUACCUAUGGCCUUACACCAUAAAUAAAUUGGAAAGGCACAUAAA